AUGGGAUGCGAGGUCGGUGAGGUUGGGGGCAGGUACUCGGAGGCCGUGAGCUUGAUGCUGCUGCAGGGCCGGGAGGGCUUCGAAGGCCGGGGGCCUGCCAUGGAGGAUGAGUGCUCCGCUAGGCCCUGCGCCACUGAUUUCUCCAUAGCUGCCAUAAUGGCCAGGGACCGCCAGGAGCGGAGGGAAAGACGAAGGCACAGAGAUCCCAGGGAAGAUACACUCACACCAUUAGAAAAGUUUGUGGACGCUACCGCAUCCGCUGCGGAAUCUCCGUCUCCACCUCUGGAAUAUGAAAGGGAUUCUCCUGUGGAUGUCUCAUCCACUUCUGAGGCUGGUUCAGCGGGAGCACCCAGCGGUUCCAGAGCUCUCUCCCCCCCAAGAAACCCUCAGCUGGCUGAACGAUGGUCCAGCGAAGAAAUGAGGCACAUACAGUGCCAUCUCGAAACUAAAGAACUAUGGGACAAAUUCAACGAACUCGGAACUGAAAUGAUCAUCACAAAAACUGGAAGACGAAUGUUCCCGACGGUGCGAGUAUCAUUCGCGGGAUGCCGAGCGGAGGCUCGUUACGCCGUGCUACUGGACGUGGUGCCGGUGGACGGCAAGCGGUACCGGUACGCCUACCACCGCUCCUCCUGGCUGGUGGCCGGCAAGGCGGACCCUCCCGCGCCGGCCAGACUAUACCCGCACCCCGACUCGCCCUUCUCCGGGGAUCAGCUGCGCAAGCAGGUCGUCUCCUUCGAGAAGGUCAAACUCACCAACAACGAGAUGGACAAAAAUGGACAGCUGGUCCUCAAUUCAAUGCAUAAGUAUCAACCCCGAAUCCACCUGGUGUUACGAAGAGAAGGAGCUAUCAAUGCACCGAUCACAGACCUCGAGCAAGAAGAGUUUAAGACGUUCAUAUUUCCUGAAUGCGUCUUCACAGCAGUCACGGCCUACCAGAACCAACUCAUAACCAAACUCAAAAUCGACAGUAAUCCGUUCGCAAAGGGAUUUCGUGAUUCUUCACGUCUGACGGAAUUUGAGAGAUUCUAUAUCACGGGGGAGCACGAAAGAACAUCAGUCUUCCCCGAUGACGCGCGCCUCGGUGCCGCCCAUCCUAGAGAGACGAUGGAGUCGAUGCUGGCUGAGCAGCAUUAUUUACGGUCACCUUUAAGACCGUUCGAUCUGGAUCAGCACAACAACAAUCUGACGUUGGAAGAGAAGGCGAUUUUGGCGGCUAGGUCGCAGUUGUUCUUGCGUGCAGCGUAUCCUCUGUACGGGGUACCAGCAGCAGCAUUGUGGGGUCAAUGGGCGUGCCUGGCGCCUCAGUUACUGGCGCAACAACAUCUUGCUUCAGGGUCUGGGCUACAACUGCCUCGGCCAGUAUACCCGGGUGGUGUACCAGCAUCGCUCUCGCAGCAUCGGUUCUCCCCCUACCCCGCCCGUCGUUCCUCCCCGGGUUCCUCACCAGAUUCCCUCCGAGCGAGUCCCCACUCCCUGCCCCCGCCCGCACCUCAUACACCUCACGCACCCCACAGCCCGACUUAG